CAAAGCGGUUUUUUUUGCGAUAGAAGUAGAUCCUCUUGUAAAGACCAUGGCGGCCGCCUUAAGUGCAGUUUCUGAUGUAGAAAUUGACCCCGAUGGUGUAUUUAAAUACAUAUUACUGAAGGUGAAAGUCAAAGAUGGAUCAGAACAAAAAGACAUAGUGAGAGGCACGAAGAGUGCCGAAUAUCACAAUCACAUAUUUGAAAAGGUCUGUCCAGAGAUGGAGAAUGCAGGGCUGGAGUGUACCUGCCUAGGGGGUGGGAAGAUCGAACACAACUCCAAAGAGAGAAAACUCCGAGUAUUUGGCAUGUCUACUGGUUAUGGCAAGGCAGAUCAUUCUGUAUCCGUGGAGAAGCUGAAGGUGGCAUACAAAGAUUAUGAAAUCACCUGGUCAGAUGAUAAAAAGUAGAUGCUGUAAUAGUUUACAAAUAUAUUGUAUGGAAGUUGCUAGAAAUGCAUUGAAAGUUGCAGGUAAUUGCUUAGAUGCCAGCUGACAAAAAUCAUCAUUUUUUUUAUUUAUUAUAAAUCCUUCCUAUGUGUGUGUAUGUAAUAUGUAUCAUGUAGGAAUGUGCUCAACAUUUGAAACCUUGUCACUUCGAUCUUGGCACCCUACCAUACCAGGUCUUCACCUUCAUAUAAAUUACAUAAAUACGGUGGAAUCUGGGUUACCUUUAAAAAAUAUAUGGAAGCCUGCCUGACCACACAUCAGGCUCGACUUUAAGAGAAGUUUCAUAGGCAUUUAAUUUCUGUUUCUAAAAUCAUUUUGGAUAUUUUCUUGUGGAAGAGCAGAAGUCCCAUCAUUUGUUCAUAUAUGUCCGUCAAAUAAAAAUAUUUGGCCAUUCAAA